GUUAUGGGUUCACUGUCACUCGGCACCUACUAGUUUGAGGAAUUAUAUAUAAAAAGGUUUUUCUGGAAAUCUUCACAUCGCCUCUGAAAAAACUGAAAACAUGUCAAAGCGUGAGGCGUUUUUAAAAGCCGCCUGUAAAGAAAAUGUGGAGGACUUCCUUCGUUUUAUCCAGCUUCAUGAGGACAAAACUGAGCCUUUCGAUGUGGAGGAGGUGGUGCAGGAGAUGCCCAGGAACCAGAGAGGGGCUCUUUGGGGGAAACUAGCCUCACUCCUUCAGGACGUCCUGCUGGAGUUACCUCCUGAUCGCUGGGAGCAGGGAGUGGAGGAGGGCAUGGAAGUAGAGUCAAAUGCAGACCCUAAACAUGUCAUGGCUGUUGUGGAUGGUGUGACACUAGUGGCUAUAGUGUCUAUAAAGGUCCUAGAAGAUGGUGACACCUACAAAGCUCUUCUGGAAAUUGCCAAUCAGCUUCAUGACGUUCUGGCGUCGCUGCCUGACUCAGAGGCUCCUCUGCAUAUCCACAUUCAUGCACUCUGUAAAUUGUGGUGGAAAAAAGGACUGCAGGAGAGAGAGAAGUUUGGUCACUCUGCUCUUCUCAUUUCUCUGCAGAAGAGCUUCAUUUUGAAGAAACCAGGUGCUGAGAUUCAAAGAGUUUGGGAUCUCCAUGAUGUGCUUUUGAGUCUGGACUACACAUCAGAGGACAACAAGCAGAUAAUCGACUUGUUGCUUCAAUGCUUUCACCGUCCUGCUUACAUUAGGAGCGACGACGGAAAGCGAUUCUUGGUGUUUCUUUUCAGCUGGAAUGUCAACUUCAUCUCGGUUAUUCAUGGAACCAUCAAAAAUCAGCUGGAGUUCAUCAGCAAGACCAUGACAGCUAAUAUUACGGAGGUAUACUUCAGAGCAUGGAAGAAGGCUAGCGGGGAAUUCUUGGAGACGAUUGAGAGCUCAUGUAUACAGGAUUUUAUGCAGAAUGCGAUCUUGCUCCAAAGAGCAUCUCCUGUCCACACCAAAGUCAGACAGAUUGUGAGCUAUUUCCACACAAGGAAGGGCUGCAAUCAAGUGGACAAGAUGCUCUAUAACCUCUACAAGCCCAUUCUCUGGAAAGCUCUGAGUGCUCCUAACUUUGAGGUUCGUGCCAAUGCCACUUUGCUUUUCACUGAGGCCUUCCCCAUCCAUGACCCGGAGCAAAACAACCAGCAUAUAGAUGAGACCAUUCAAAAGCAGCUCGACAAAGCAAUGGCCCUUCUUGAUGACCCUCACCCCACUGUGCGCUCCAAUGCAAUCCUUGGGGUCUGUAAGAUCCUGGCCAAGUGCUGGGAACUCCUCCCUCCAAUAGUCAUCACAGACUUUAUGAAGAAGAUGAUGAUGGAGUUAGCAUUUGACUCCAGCUCCCCGGAUGUCCGUUGCUCAGUCUUCAAGUGUCUGAACAUCGUCCUGGACAACGCUCUCAGCUAUCCACUGUUGGAAAAACUCCUACCGUCCGUAAAGUACAGCCUUCAUGACACCUCAGAGAAAGUCCGCACAGCUUUCCUUGAUAUGCUUAUUAAAGUGAAAGCAGUUCGUGCUGCCAAGUUUUGGGAUGUUUGCAACAUGGACCACCUGCUGGCUCGCCUGGCUAUUGACUCCCAGUCAGUCUCCAAGCGAAUUGUCGAUCUGCUCUUCAAGUCCUUCUUCCCUGUCAAUGACUCGGAGAAAGAGUGGUGCUGUAGGUGCAUCACCCUCAUUCAGAUGAACCCCAUGGCUGCCAGAAAAUUCUACCAGUUUGCCAAUAAACACACAGCCCCCACUAACAUCAUAAAGCUGAUGUUGGCCAUUCGGCGCGUUCUGAACAACUGCAUCCAGAGUGACUGCGAUCUGUCCGAUCUUAAUGAAAGCAACAAGGAGAACAGCGCUGCUGAAAAUGUUCUGUUGGGCAAAGACAUAGCCGUCGUGUCAAGUCUGCUGGAGAUCGUAGUCAUCCUGUGGAGAAGUGUCGAGAAGGCCUUGAAAAACAACGAGGAGGCCCAGAAGUACACGUUUGCCAAGUUUGGCAAUGUUAUGUCCAAAUAUUUCAGUGCCUUUCAGGAUGAGCGAUGCACCGUUGCACUCAUACAGCUGGCCUCAUUUAUGCCUCCAAGUGCAGUUCUAACAUUCAGCUGUGGCGUCUUGUCCAGGCUGAGGAAGAUGGAAUCAGGAGCUGUGCCAACACAAUACACCCAGCUGUUGGAGUGCAUGUGCAGCUGGGGCCAGGCUGCUAACAUCCUCGAGCUCAUCACUGAGUGGCUCACUGAGGCCCUGCCCAAACAAGGGGACAAGACGAACACCAGUCGAAAGGUGCGUAUCCAGGAGACGACGGAGGCCAAACCAGACCUGGCCCUGGCUUACUUGGAGUAUGUGUUCAGCCACACAUCAUUGCGGGAGAAAGUGCUGGCUCUCGGUCCGGGUCCACUGAAGCAGCUCCAUACAGUUCUCGGAAACUGGAAGUCGGUGCUGUAUACUCAUCUCAGCUCCACCUCAGAAGAUCCUAAAAGUCCCAGUGUGGAGGUUGCACUGAAAGCCUUCAUGUACCACGGCCGCCUCGGUGCACACCUGCAACAUAAUUCGUCUGAAGGCCGUGACUACCUGCUCUCUAUGGAACAUGUGGCAGCGUGGGUCGCUGAGAGGGUGCUGCCCUUCUUGGCGAAAAGUACUGACGGAGACGCCGAGGAUUCGCAGGAGAAGACGAAACCACUGGCCGCGCAAAUAGCUGAGAGCUUCCUGACUGUAUGCAGAGAUGUUUUACUCGUGGGUUUGGGUGACGAGAUGUUCAAGGGUCAAAUCCUCCACCUGUGCUCGCUCAUCCUCCUCUCAGAGGCCGGCUAUCUGUGUAUUCCCGCAAUCCUGCCGAUUUUGAAGGAGGUGACAGAGAGUUACACACCUGACGACGACAACAAGCAGGCUGAGGAAGGCCAGGAGGAUGCAACCACUGUCAUUCUGGGUGUGGUGUCCAACAUAUUCCAGAAGAUUAUAGAGCUCUUAGCUCGCCGACUGAGGAAGGAACCAGAGGAGGGGAAACUGCUAUGUCAGUCAGCUAUCCCCGGCCUGACAGAAUUCCUCCAAGUGGCACAAACCUGGAAAGUAUCCCCUCUCAGCGGGGUCUUCUCUACACUUUUUGCCAUCAUUAUUGUGGAGAAGAGACACAUGAUCCAGAAGAUUACCCAUCCUGUAGAGGUGAUCACCCCGGACUCAGUGGAGGAGAUGCCUCCGUUGUCCAGUGUCCUGCUUUCUGUCAUCCUUAAAACACCUUCUGUUACCAGAGCUUUUUUGACAGAGGUCUGCUCAUCUUUGGACUCCGAGGCCAUCAGCAGUCUGACUGAACUGGCUGCCGUGCUGCACGUCUUGGCUGUCGUCAGACACACGGGGCAGUCUAAAGCUGGUUUGAAGAGCGCAGCCAUAUCUGUCCAGCAGCAGCUUCACAAACACGCCGUCACAUCUGUAGACAGCGAAGACAUCCAGAGGGUUGUUUAUGAAUCCUCUGUGAAGACCUUGAAUGAAAUUUUGGAUUUAUAAGUUUUCUUCUUUUAAAAAAAAAAUAGGG